AUGCACCCUGAAGAUUCCUUGGACCGUCUGCACCAGGCCAUCCCGCACCCUGUGGCCCGCGUCUUCUGCAAGCCCCGGAGCUCUGUGAGCUUGACCUUCGAGAUGAUGAGCCAUGGUCAUGUUCGCAGCCCCAGCUUCUCCACUGGACCUCAGCCCGAGGGACCCCCUCCUUCCAUGGUCCACCAAUGGGAGGAGCCCGAGGCCCCAAGUCAACAGGUCAAGGCCGUGGACGCCCUCACCUCUGCGGUCAUUCUGGCCGCUGGCAGUGCCCUGCACGUGUCCUUGCCCGAUGGUGACCUGCUGCUGGAGCCCCCACCCGCCUGCGUGCUGCGGGUCUCCCUGCAAAACCACACCCUGGUCCUGGGGCAUGAGGCCGGCCUGGGCUCCCUCCUCCAGGCCUUCGGACAACACGGCAAAAACACAUCCCUCAGCCUGGAUCUGGACGUUUUGCUGAGCGCCACAGAUGACCAGGAUGACUCAGAUACUGAGCCCAGCUCCCCUGAUACGAGUGUUUUCAGUCUCUGGUCAGAGGACUCCACCCUAGACCCCUCCCCUUGGGUGCAUGUCCCGGACCCUGACCUGCCAGAGCCUGGUCCCAACUCCCCCCGGCCACCUCUGCCCCCCUCUCCAAGUCCAGGACUCCAGGAGUGCCCCCCACCCCACUCUCCCUCCUCUCCAUGGAGCCAGGCAAUGCCUGUUCUAGGACCUGAUAGCAUCUCCUGA